CCCAACUCUAAAACAUACGUAUCAAAUUGCGUAUUAAUAGCCAGAUAUUAUACUGAGUCGAAAUAUUUAUUCGCGUUCGAGAUGUAUUUUCUUCGUCCGUUGAGAGAUAAAUUGAUGCUGCGAGCGACGCAUCAUUGUAUCGUUAAAACGCCCCGCAGAUCCGUCACGAAAAUGACUGUACGAGACGCGCUGAAUAUGGCUCUCGACGAGGAGUUGGCUCGAGAUGAGAAGGUAUUCAUUAUCGGUGAGGAGGUUGCCGAGUUCGACGGCGCUUACAAGAUUACGCGCGGUCUCUGGAAGAAGUACGGCGACAAGCGGAUGAUCGAUACGCCGAUCACAGAGGCCGGAUUCUGUGGUAUAGCGAUCGGCGCGGCGCUCCUAGGCUUGAAACCGAUAUGCGAGUUCAUGACCUUCAAUUUCGCUAUGCAAGCCUUUGACCGUAUCAUCAACGGUGCCGCCAAGAAUCUCUACAUGUCUGCUGGCAGAUAUCCCGUCUCCGUUCUCUUUCGCGGUCCGAACGGUAACGCCAAGGGCUUGGCCGCGCAGCAUUCUCAGUGCUUUGCCGCGUGGUACAUGAGCGCGCCCGGCUUGAAGGUUGUGUCGCCGUCAACCUGCGAGGAUUACAGGGGUUGCCUCAAGGCAGCCGUGCGCGAUCCCGAUCCUGUCAUCAUGCUGGAGAGCGAGUUACUUUACAACCUCGAGUUUCCCAUGUCCGAUCAAGCUAUGGACAAGGACUAUCAGAUACCUUUUGGCAAAGCCAAGGUGGAGAAACUUGGCAAACAUAUCACUCUGGUGACGCACGGCCAGGCGUACAUGUAUACGCUUCAAGCGGCCGACAUAUUAGCCGGACAAGGGAUCGAGGCGGAAGUUGUCAAUCUGCGCUCGCUCAGACCCCUGGAUUGGGACACCGUGUUCAAAUCGAUCGGCAAGACACACCGAUUGAUGACUGUCGAGCUGGGUUGGCCGAGAUGCGGAGUAGGAUCCGAGAUUGUUGCGACAGUGAUGGAGAAUCCAGUAUUCUUUCAGCUCGACGCACCCGCAGUACGGUGCGCCGGUAUCGACGUUCCGAUGCCUUAUUCGGAGAAGAUUGAGUACGAAUGUACCCCAAAGGAUCAUCAUAUAGCGGACGCCGCUAAACGCGUCUGCGGCACAAAAUUCUAAUACUCGUUUAUUCUAAUAUUUUGUAUUUGCGCGAAUAAAGUUU